AGGACUUUUUUGAAUCAACGAGUAUGGCUUCGUAUUUUUUUUGUUUGAAUUAUGUUGCUAAUGCUAUGGAUAAGAUUUGUUCCAGAAGAUCUAUCGAAGAUAAGUAUUUUCACUCGCUAACUACGGAUGCGCGGCUUCUUCACUUUUUCAGAUUGGGUUGAGUCAGCAUCUGUGCACCCUGUUGCGUGGGCAGCUUGACAUGGACGUUGUGCACAACUACAACUGCAUUGAGCGAGCGGGUCAGUUUGUGUUUUGACACAACCGAAAAUUAUGAGUACGCCGAUCGGAGGAGAGGCGAUGUACCCGCCAAACUCAACUAGUCCACUGGAGCCGCAGUUCAUCUACAACAGUUCCGGAUCCCUUUUGCGGCAGCGCAUUAGCAACAACAGUGCGAGCGAGAAGCGUCCGGAAAAGCGGCCGAAGCGGUCCAUUCCUGCCAGCGUGGCGACGACUUUGCACUUUCCUGUACUGACGGCCGGAAACCUGCUCGGGGCAACUACAGGGAGUCAACAGCAACAGCCGAGUGCGGGUUCAUCUUCAUCUUCAUCUUCUUCCGCAUCCUCCGGCACACCAGCGUUUGGCGGGGAAGCAACAACAAAUGACAACCACUCCGCAACGAGUAGCAAACAGAGUUUGUUUCCUGCGAAAGACCACCGUCAGUCGGAAGCUGGAGCGAAUGGUCGAAAUGCAGCAUCCGCUUCAUUUUGUUCUGGAGCUCUGGACGGGACUCUGUCUUCGACAGAGUUCGUCGGCACAAGUUCCAGUUCCUCGUCCUCUGGUGCGUUUUGUUCGUCGCGGGUAGAGCAAGAGCUACACCCCCCACCGUCCGCGGAGGAUGACAGCGCUGCGCAGGAACGAUCUGAAACAUUUAACAACGCCAUGCAGCCGGACAGCAGCGGAACGAUCAGUGCUAUGGAAACUGUAGUUCCAGGUCCUUCAUCAAAUUAUCGCAACAGACUCGAAGAACGAGAUCACGGACGACUACGUCCGACCGGGCAGCAAUCCAGCGAGGAUCAUUCAUCCGGAGAGAGUUCCCUGUACCCAAGCACGCUGUUGCAAGACGAUACGUACUAUCAAUUGUAAAAAUGUCUGGGUCUGGAAGAUUGGAACUUGUGAUGCUACCUUUGGACUCUACAUAAAAUCUCUAUUGCAUGAACAGCAAAAGAGGUGUAAUUUGUGCUACGCAGAGAAGGCAUUUCUCAUGCGGUAUGAGCAUCAGAAAGCCCUUGCAAAAUCUCUGAUGCUAGGGCAUGCAUCACAGACCUCAUGGGGCAUGCGGUCUUUGUGUCGCUUUGGUUUUCUAGGUGCAAAAUAUGCAUGACAAACUCCUCAGUACGUGCGCGAGGUGGUCGUGAGGGAUUGCGAUAAACAAAACCUUUCUGCUUCAAAUGUAUGCAAGCACGAGCGCAGACGUGAAUGUGGCUAGCUCCGUCGGAGCUCUCGCGUUUUACCUUUCGGCUAUUUCUGUGUUCUUUCUUUGCUGUGAGUAUGCCUAUGAGAGAAGUUUUAAGUAGUGGUGUUAGUUAUUGUAUAUUAGUACUUUAAUCCACGUAUUUUUCGCGUGGUUGUCCUAGGUGAGCUAGCACCCGUGUCCGUGGACAACCAUCUAAGACGCGGAAAAUAGCGAGCACUUUAGUUUUUGGCUUUCUCUGGUUUGGUCAUGAUUUUUGGACCGCUUCUUAGGGUGGUCGAGAAAGCCAGACUAAAGACGGCACGGGCAGAAGUGGAUCGGUAUACGCGCGCGCUAGCUUAUCGUAGUUAUAGUUUAAGUUGCUUAGUUUUUUGGGUUUUAUAGCGAGAACUAGCUUCUGGACGUGACCAUGGCGACCCCUCCGGCUUGAAGUACGCGGACACUUUUUUCCCAUCUUGGGGUUUGUGAUGUAGUUGCUUCGCCGUUACUGCUUGGUCAUGACCCUUGGUGUUUGUGUUGCAUUUUCUCGGUCCUUGUGACUGCCCUUCAAGAGGGCAACUACAUCGCAUCUUUCCCCUCUUACAGAUGGUUUCUUUCGUAGUUGGGACUGUGUCAUAGUAGGAUGAUUUACCGCUUUUUUACUAUUCUUUUCUCCCUUGACGCUGGUGCUUAGGUUUGCAUACAACGUUAUCCCUACCCAGAUAGCAACAAAUGCUCACGCCGCAGCCGUCCCAGGAGCUAUCUUUUGUUGUUGUCUCUCGGUAGUGAUCACUUUGUCCAAACUUAUUCUACCUAGAGUUUGUCGAGUAAGUGGUUACCGUUUUAAGGUUUAGAGAACGACAGGGACGCCCAGCCCUUAGCUUCCCAACAUGACAAACUCCUGCACUCUUCCAGACCCAGACAUUUUUGCAAUCCAUACGUACUACACGCCAGGCGACGAGGAUGUGGAGGGUAGGGAGAUGCUACGGCAAACACUUUUGCAAGAGCGGGGUCGCGCCGCUGCGAGCGUCUUCGGACAGCAAGAGGGGCGCCCCGGUUCGGGCGGUAAUAAUGUAGGACAUUACGACAACCUCCUCCAGCAACAGGAAGUGCCGCAACAGCAACACGGCUUUCAAUUGCAAUACAGAGUCAACUACCCUGCAGGAGCUCACCACGCGCAUGAUCAGGAAGAUGUUCACGAGGAUCACGAGGAAGAAGAACCAGAAGAGCUGCACCAACACAAUCGUCCUUACACGCCCGCAGACCUGGGUUUCACGCUGCGCAACGCGUUGACGCCCCCGCACACGCCGGGCAACAUGAUUUCUCCCUUUGUUCCCGGAGGCGGAGGUAGCAGCAUGCGGGUCCACCAACGAAUCCAGGCCCAGCGGCUGUCCGCGGUUUUCGGGAACAGCAGCGUGCAGCGCAGUCGGGCUGCUGCGGUGACGCCAUUAUCCGCGCAAGGAGCUUCAACCGGUGGCGUGCAUGCGCUGUCAGCGAACCGCGUUCCACGAAUAAACCCGAACGACAGCAGACAUUCUCAUGGUUCAUCCCAGUCAUUCGAGGAAGACGGCCGGGCUGGUAGCCUGUUUCGAAACUCCCUUUUCAGUUACCAGACCCCGGGGUCCGGCACCGGUGCAGUCCGGCGAACGCAGUACCUCGACCCGGUGUCAGAGCAGGACGAAGACUUCGAGCGACCUGGUGUCAUUUCGGGGCGAAAUUCCCUUGAGCAAUCGUUUUCGUUCCGCGGAAGUGCGUUUUUGGUCCCAAAUGGUGAUGAAGAUCGUACUGCAGUUGCAGGAGAAAUACAACAUCAUUCGCAGGGACAACUACCCGCCCGCCGGAACUCCAGUCAUCGCCAGGUUUCUUCCAGGAGUAGGGAGUCGCCACUCUAUCCCGAGUCGAACUUGUUCAGAGAAAUGCUGGAUAAGCCGGUAGCGAGUAUGCUGCACGAGGAGGCGGGCGAAAUCGAUGGCCGUCGGCGGGGCAGCGGAAUUCGGCAGCUGUCCUUCGACGGAAAGGAGAACAAAGCCGUUGGGAAUAACAACCGGCAGGAGCAGAAAAAGUUUUCUGCGGUAGACGUAAUGCUGCGUGGCUUUUCCCUACCACCUGAUUUGCAGCCGAAGGAACUGCCGGUAUGAAUUUUUCGGUUCGUUUUUACCAUUAUCCGCUAUUCAAGAAUUGCGUUUGUGUAAGAUUGAUGUGUGCUAAAAUUCGGAGUAACACAGUCUUGCUGAAAUUAUUUUGGUCACACAAUAAUCAAAUCAGGAACACCGUAGCCUUGCGGCGGAGAAGGUGCGGGAGGAAAUUUUCACUUCGGACGACGACGACUGCAAUGACCUGUAUGCGGGGUGGCCUGUUAGCAGUGAUGCCAUGUGAAAAGCAAAAACGCGUAUUCUGUGCUGAUAAGAAUCAGUGACCAUUUUUUGAGUUAUUUGGUUUCAGUUUGAAUUUUUUUGUCUUGUCUUGUUUCUAUCAUUCUUGUUGCAUUGAUUUCAUUCCUAACAUUGGAUAGUUACAAUUGGUUCACUUGCGUUGCUUUUGCAAUUUGAUAUUGCACAAACAAUUGGAGUACGUUAUUUUUCGUUUCGCGAUUGAAAACAUAAAUCAAAAUUGGAGAACCUAAAUGUAUUUACACCUUCUUUGAGAUUGUCCACACCUCCACACUUGGGCCAUCGCUGUUUCAAUUUCCUGUAUUUACAGAAUAGUCAAAUUAACCAGCUCUCGACUUUUCAGCACGAGAAACUGGUGAAAUUCGCAACUACUUUGUACAAAACUGCUAUCUUCACGUUGUGUAUAUUUUUGUGUCUAGCUUGCUUUAGCAGCUUCCAAAACUGUACAAUUUUCUGACUUUAGCUUUACGCUUUUGACUUUGAGCACCUCUACGAAAAGAAAAAAGAAACACAACGAGCUCGUUGAGGUUUUACUCGAAUAGAAA